UCUAAAGGAAUUAUUCUUAAGGAAUAAAAGCGCGUAGUGCUAUAAAGUGGGUUUUUUUUAUAAUUGGGCUUUCCCUUGAACAAAACCUGUAACAUUAUAUGUAUUAAUAUUUUAAACUGGCUUCAACAUGCACAAAAUAUAAGCAAAAUGUUAAAAAAAAUCAAUUUUCGAUAUUUUUGCUUUAAACGUACUUCUAAAUGAAAGAAUAAAGAUUGAAGAUUAUAUACCAAUAGUGUCCUAAUAUCUUAAAAUUGAAGGAAGAAAUGGCAGGUUCUACGAGGUUAUAGUGUCACAAAGAAGAAAGUCCUUCAUUGAAAGCUAAAAUUCAUUAAAUCAUCAGAUUGAAGGUGUGGCAUGACUUCUACAACUCGUUGAUAAGCUUGGGCUAAUGUUAUAAAAUUUCAAUUUCACGAUUGAUUGAUAACUGAUUAAGUUGCAUGAUUACGUGACCUGCACCGGAUGAGUUACGCCCCAAAAGUCUUUUUUAUGACUUCAUUCAUGUCUAUUUUCUACCAUUUUUAUGAUCAGAUUAGAUGUCUAUUUCUGUAACCUCUACCUACCUGUGUAAUUGAAUUAAAUGCAAUUUGUUGGGUGAAAUGCAUUGUACAAAUGGCCAGUCACGUCAUUAAUGUUAUCGGAUCAUGUGACAACAGCUUUGUCUUAUUCACCUUUCAAUACAGCUCAUGUUAAAGAGGAAAUUGGAGCAGAUAAAAUAGUACAAAGGUGCAUUAUGGGGUAAUAAACGAGUUCCUUAUCGUAUUGUGAAAGGUUACUUAUAAAUAGGAACAUUGGAACAACCAGUUGGGAACAUUGAGUGAGAGUAAACAAUAGCUAGCGAUGCUCUUAGGGCAAAGUUGUGCGUUCAUAGUGUUGGCUUGCACUCUUGUCCAAGCAGGAAUUGUUAAACUUUCUCAAGAAAAUGUUUCUGGACAACGAAAUUGGCAACCGAAUGAGCUGGAAGAGGAACAUAGUGUACAGUUUGAAGGAGAUAUGAUGCUCCGUGAUGAACAGCUUCACUCUCUUAUGAGCAACAGGCGUAACGCUUUGAACAACGCUUCAUGUCGCUGGCCAGGAGGCAUCGUUCCAGUUUCAAUUGACGAGAAACAUUUUACUUCCUUCCAAAUCAAGCAGAUUUUAAGAGCAAUGCGCCAUAUCCAGUCGGCAUCCUGCAUUAAGUUUGUGAAGCGUACCGACGAGUAUGCUUUUGUGAACGUUACUAAUGUGAGGCCAGGAUGUCAUGCUCCUGUGGGUUAUUAUCCCUAUCCAGAAAUACUGAAUGUGGAGCCGGCUCCCGUUGGUACAGGGUGCUUCAAGUUGGGCACAAUCGUUCACCUGUUUCUGCAUAUGCUUUGCUUCGUUCAUCAGCACACCGUAUCCGAUCGUGAUGAGUACGUGGACAUUUUGUGGGACAAUAUUGAGCCGGACAUGGAGAUGAAUUUCCACAAGUGGGCUGCUGGGGCGUUGGUAGACUUUGGAGUUCCGUACGAUUAUGGCAGCGUGAUGCAUUACAGUGCAACUGCGUACAGCAAGAACGGUAGGAAGACAAUAGUGCCAAAGGAUCCGAAUGCUCGAAUCGGUCAGCGGAAAGGUUUGAGCGAAAAAGACAUACUAAAGUUGAACCUUUUCUACAAUUGUGCUAAUGAAAAGUAAUCAAUUCCGACCGGAGACGUCAUCAUUC